CUCCUCCAGGGUGAAGCUUCUCGUUACAUUUUCCUCAACAAGUUCAGGAAGUUCCUGCAGGAAAACGCCAGCAACCGAGGGCAUCCCACAGCUCUGUGCCCUCCGGAGUACAUGGUGUGUUUCCUGCACCGCCUCAUCACCGCCGUGAGGAGCUGCUGGGAUGAAGGCAACAGGAAGAGCCCCAGCAGCCUCAGCAGUGAAGAUGCCUACGUCCCCCCGCAGCUCUUCUACAAUGGGAAGGUCGACUACUUUGACCUGCAAAGACUGGGGGGGCUCCUUUCUCACCUGAAGAAAACCCUUAAAGAUGACCUUUCCAGUAAGGCCAACAUCGUCAUCGAUCCUGCAGAGAUCCAAGCCGCUUCCAUGGACGACCUGGAUGAAGAUGAGGAGAGCGGUGCUGCUCAGAGGCCUUUCGGAGCAGCAGCGAUGGGCGGAGCUUUAGCCAGGCCCAGCUGGUUGAGUUCUCCCACUCUGGGCCGGGCCAACCGGUUCCUGAGCACGGCCGCGGUCAGCCUGAUGACCCCCAGACGGCCGCUGUCUCAACCAGAGAAGGUCAAGGUCCGGACCUUGGCUGUGGAGCAGCGUACCGAGGAGGACAUCGAAGGGAGCCACGGAAACGACGGCCUGUUGCUGGGGCGACCGCAGGAGGAGCCAGAUCAGCCAAUCACAGACAAGUCUCUGCUUGAGAUCAUCGACGGUAUCGUGAUGAUGUACAACCUGAGCGUUCACCAACAGCUGGGGAAGAUGGUGGUGGUGGCAGACGAAGUCCAUGAAUACGCCGUGGCUCUGAAGGACACGGAGGAGAAGAUCGCUCGCUGUCCUGCUCGGCGUGCUGACAUCCUGGACGAGCUCCAGAAGAGUCAAAAUGUUUUUGCAGAGAAGCUGAACCACCUGAGCCGCAGAUUGGCCUGGAUCAACGCCACCAUCUACUCCAAGGAGAAGAUGCUGGACGUCUAUUGGCUGCUUUGUGUUUGCAUCCGGACCAUCGAGCACGCCGACGCCACCGGUUCGUUGUUCGCCUUCACUCCAGAGUUCUACCUCAACGUGGCCAUGAACGCAUACAGCGCCCUCAAGAACUACUUCAGCCCUGCUAACGGCAUGGAGGAGCUGCCAGGCUAUGAAGAAACGCUGACUCAGCUCGCCGCCAUCCUCGCCAAGCACUUUGCGGACCCGCGCAUCGUUGGAACAGAUAUCAAAGAUUCCCUGAUGCAGGCGUUGGCCAGCUACGUCUGUUACCCACAAUCCCUCAGGGCGGUGGAGCGGAUCCCAGAGGAGCAGCGAGUGGCCAUGAUGAGGAACCUUCUGGCUCCAUAUGAGCAGAGGCCCUGGGCUCAGACCAAUUGGAUCUUGGUCAGACUUUGGAGGGGUUGUGGGUUUGGCUACAGGUACACCCGUCUGCCUCACCUGCUGAAGACCAAACCUGAGGACGCCAACCUGCCCAGCCUGCAGAAACCGUGCCCGUCGUUGCUGCUGCAGAGACACAUGGCGGAGCUACUGAGCAUGGACAAAGACAUGGCCGCCUCUUUUCUCAACAGCGUCCUGAACCAGCUCAACUGGGCCUUCUCUGAGUUCAUCGGUAUGAUCCAGGAGAUCCAGCAGGCUGCAGAGCGUCCAGAGAGAAACUAUGUGGACACUCGUCAGCUGAAGGUGUGUGCAACCUGCUUCGACCUGUCUGUCAGCCUGCUGAGGGUUCUGGAGAUGACGGUCACCUUGGUCCCAGAGAUCUUCCUGGACUGGUCCCGCCCGUCAGCAGAGCUGCUUUUGAGACGGCUUGCUCAGCUGUUGAACCAGGUUCUGAAUAGAGUGACGGCUGAGAAGAACCUGUUUGAUCGGGUCGUUAACCUCAGGCUGCCAGGUCUGGAGAGUGUGGACCACUACCCGAUCCUGGUGGCAGUGACAGGAAUCCUGGUCCGGAUCCUGGUGGAUGGAGACAAACAGGGAACAUCUCGAGCUGCCGCCGUCCUCCUCUCUGACCCCUGCUUCCAGCUCCACUCCAUCCAGCACCUCCUAGGAGAACCAGGAGACCCCCCCAAUGCGUCAUCUGUCAGCCGUCCUGUGGCCGCCUCUUCGGGUUCCUCUGUGGCUCCUCUGGCUCCUUCUGCAGCUGUAAACUCCUCAGAGAGGAAACAUUUCUCCCUGCAUGCAUACACCGACUACAUCAGCCAGGAGGAGAAGCAGAAGGUUGAGAUGAUGCUGGAGUUUCUCACUGAAGAGUCUAAACAGGCCGCCGCCUCCACAGCACCAACCAGUGAGGAAGAUCUCUGUCCCAUUUGCUACGCCCACUCCAUCUCUGCUGUGUUCAGGCCCUGCUCGCACAAGUCCUGCAAAGCCUGCAUCAACCAACAUCUGAUGAACAACAAGGACUGUUUCUUCUGUAAAGCCACCAUCACCGGGGUAGAAGAUUACAGCAAGCCCUCCUCCUCCUAACACAUACAGGCACACCUGAAAAUACACACCUGACCCAAACCUAGCAGAACACCCCCACCACCCCGCAUGAAAGCAUCUGCAGCGUCACAAGCGCUCAAUGAGCUUCAAGCUCGAUCAAACCGGUGGGAAGAACCUUUAUUUUGAAAGUGCCCAAGUGUAUGUGUGACACUGAAACCCCCUUUGACUCCGGACUGUUCUUCACGCUCAGGAUCAGAACACUGUUUGUUUUACUGGACCUUCUUCUCCUUUUUCAGUUUUUCUUCUAUAAAUGGUUCAGAACCAACUUUAGUCCCAUUUUAGUUUAGUGCAUCUCUGCAGGUCUUCUGAUGAUUUCAGCUACAGUCACAAAUAAAAUCUGAUGAAACUGUUAGAAAAUGAACUGAGGGAACAUUGAGAAAUGAUCACUGCAGGAAUUCUUGACCUCUGACAUCAGAAGGCUGGUGCAGAUCCAGUCUCUUGAGUUGCAUCAGGUUGCAUCUGGUGGUUGGGUUUAGGGAUUUGUAUCUGCCUCAGCUCCGGCCCUCCGUACCAACAGAUGUUCCUGGGUUCUGCUCUGAUCAUUGUAAUGUUCCGAUAAUCCGGGUUCUAUCAGGUACUCCUUUCCUUUGACUCAGACAGCUGAAGAUGGUCCUUCUCACUUGCUGGUUCUGAGGUUCUGAAGGUUGAACAUAAACAUCUCCUCUGAGUGUUUAAGGGGAAAUAAUACAGCCACAGAUCUGUUGGUUCUGAUCAGGAUGUGUUCUGUUGGUGUGAAAGUUUGAACAUAUCAAAUCUGUAAACUCAUUAAAUUAUUCUCCUGAACCAAACAAUCGGACUCUGU